AUGAAUGCACAAAUCAGGAAAAAGAGAAACCUCCUUCAGGGGGAAGCAAAGCUGAACAGUUUAGCAAGGAUCUUCCACCGGAAACUCGAAACAUUGCUCAUAUACAUAAGGGUUCCCAAGAAGAAACAAGGGAAGCUAUUCUUUGAUGAUUUUUUUAAUGUGGAGGAGGUAAGCGCAUUUAUAAACACACUUGUGGACGAUGAGCAGCAUGGUGAUGGUGGUCAUGGUGACCACCAGGCAGAUCGCUCCUGCUCAGGGGAGAGCCUAAACCUAAACGCAGACAACGAAAUAAAAACCAGUAAAGAUAUUUUUAUAAAAAAUCUGCUGAUAUUCCUGAACAACUUGAUUGUUCUCUACUUCUCCAAGAGCAAUCUAAUUGAUGUCUGUAUAAACCGCAGGAGCUUCAACAAGUGUGGCUUCUAUGCAUGUGACAACCUGUUUCUAAAUACCCCCAAAAGGGGAAAAUAUAAAAUAGACGCGGAAAGUAGGAACAUCUACCUCAGAGAGUACUACGAUCUCUUUUGUUCCGCCAGCUGUAUGAAUUACAACCUACACCUUCUCAAGGAAAUCGCCAAGAAUGGGAAUAACGCCAAGGGGGGGAAAGGAGGAGGGACGAACCUUAAGACCAAGUGCCAGUUAAUAUACAUCAUGUUCUUAACCUUCUUCCCUAUUUUUAAAUUUCACGACAUUAAUGUACUUCUCAACAAUUUGGAGCAUGUGUACAUUCAGAACAACCAGAUAUUUCUGAAGCCCGGUGGCGGUGGUAAGGUGGAGAUGAAUGGAAGAGACAAGGAGGAUUCAGGUCAUACGGACGGGAAGGAAGCAACGAAUGGUGGGGACAAAGUAUACACCAUUAGAACGGGGAAGGAUAAGGUUAAUCGGGGUACCAAUGAAUUGGGGAAGACCCUCUUUCCAAUCAUCGUGGAGAAAAAGGAGGGAUUUGAAGACAGUGAAGAUAAAAUAACGGAAGAAUUUCCAGAGGGAAAUGCUUCCAAUAAAAAUGCCAUCUCUACUCACGUGAUGAGUAACCACGAACAAGAAGCGGAAACCAAUAAGCCCGGUAGAGAUGGAAUUAUAACUCUUCCCUUGGAGGAAUCACUGGGAGGGUAUGGCCAAGUGAAGAAGGAAGAAAACCCCACCAGCGGGAAGGUUGAUAGUUGCCCAAAAGGGGAAGAAGCAAAAUCCAGUAAGUCAAAGAAUGUCAGAUUUAAUAAGGACGUCCAGUUGUAUGAGUAUAUGAGGGACGAGCGGGUAGACGUGUAUAGUGUGCUUGGGAGCAGCAUGGGGGCCAACCAAGUGGGGCGCUCCUUUCAAGUGGAUGGUUCUCCUCCAAGUAGGGACAUUUUGUAUGAAGAUUCCCUAUCGGGUACGGACAAACCUAGGAGGGAAGUACACGCCAGUGUACCUUCAGAACAAAACGAUAAUACCAUUAUAGAAGGGCCAGGGGGGGACAAGAGCGAACGAUCUGUGACGCUGCAACGCCCGAGUAAUGAGAAGAUGGAGGGAACUAUGAGCGGGGAAGGCGUGAGUGAGGGGAAAACCUCCGAUGACGAAAUGACCGAGGUGUAUGAACAAGUCAGACAGUCCAUUUUUACCAAUCGUAAGCACUUCUUUGACGACAUUCUGGGGAAGACGCUUUUCGAUCCGAAUAAGGUUAUCGGUUUUGACUAUGAGGGAAAGGAUAACAGGCAGGAUAACAGGCAGGAUAACAGACAUGAAUGGAAGAACGAAAUGGUGAAGGAUGAGGGGAAGCAGGUAGGACAAACGGAGGAAAAGGGAACUGAACAGGUGGAGGACGAGAAGACUAAGAGAGAUCUGCGAGUAUGCGCUGCGCAGCGGAUGAGCGAAAUUAACCUAAAGCACGAUCGAGAGAGGAAAGGGAGACGAAUCAUUUUGCUGAGCUCGCCCAUUUUUGAGGGGACAAUACGGGGGAAUCCACAAACAAAGGAAGAUGAGGGUGCCUCUGGUAACGAUAAGAUCAAGGACAUGGACAUGGACGAUAUGGACGAUAUGGGCGACGUCAUGGAAGAAGAGAAAAGGGAGGACGCUGCCGCUGGGGAUGAUGAGAAGGAGGAUGGUACUGUCCCGCUUGAUGGGAAAGAGGAUGAUACUGUCCCGGUGGAUGGAAAGAAUAAUGAUAAUGCUGCGGCUGAUGGGGAAAACGAAGAUACGUCCUCUUACGAUGACAAGGACGCUACCGCGUCUGGUGAGGGGAACACCCCAGCCGUAGACACUGAAGAAGACAAAGAAGAGCUGGAGAACCUGUUGAUAAAGAAGAAGGAAAAAAUCGGCGAGCAGUACGACAUGGCAUUCAAUAGGUGCAUGCCACUUUCCCUGUUGGCAGAGGAAGACGGCGAAAGCAAGGGCGAAAAUUGGACCGAAGAUCACCUAAAGGAGGAGGACAAAUCAUCGGAUGACGAAGAACAGGUGAAGAGGGGACAAAAUAAGUACACUUACAGUACAGACAAGUGUAGUGCGUAUGAAAACAUGUCGUCCCUUUAUGUAGUCCUUUGGGACAUUCUCACAGGAAUCAUCUCAAAAUAUACCGUUUACUAUUUUCGAAGAAGUGAAUUCAUCAUCCCAAAGUGUCCAACUGAAGAGGAGCGAGAUAGGAAAAACGAAUUCAUGAGAAAUAUCUCACAGAAUAUGCCCCAAAGCAUCCAUCACUCCAUUGCGCCCAUCGUCUUGAAUGUUUGCCAAACAUUUUUUUUUAACAAGCCUCUAUUACCAUUUAAAAAAAUAAUAUACGAAUCCAUUAUCUAUGUCAUUGCGGCGGCACUUGGGCGGCACAAGGUCGAAUUGAUUCCAUCCGAAGAAAUGGAGAACAUCCAGAAGACGGAAAACUUCUUCACUUUGGAGAACGGAAUGGACAAAGAAGAACUGGACGAAUUGACGAUGCUUUUUUAUCAGCACCUAUACUACUAG